GAGAAAGCAACGUGAGCAUAUCGCGGCGACAGAAUGUCGACGGCGUACACUAACCUUCAAAUUCAGCCUGAAGAAGCGCAAAUGGACGUCGUCAGAAGAAUCAAUGUUGCUGCCCUUAUUAAAGAGGUGGAUAGGCAUCCGCUGCUUUACAACAACACGCCAAAACAGUCGUGCUCCUCCGAAACGAAGAGAAAAAUUUGGGAAAAUAUCGCGGAAUAUCUAUGCGGAAUCCAGCAUUGGCAGCUGUACAACGAAUCUGAGAAGGAUGUUGUGGUUAGAGAAAUUCAACUUAAAUGGAAAAAUCUUAAAGAUAAUUAUCACAGGAUUUUGAGGAAAGAAAAAGAGGACGAAGCACAAGGCAUUCCGGCUUUUAAAAGGAAAAAAUACAUUUAUUAUGACGCCUUGGAGUUUCUCAAACCUUAUGCACCUUCUACGAGAAGUAACGGUGAUAUGAAAGAAGAAAUGGAUAUUGAAGGAGGAAAAAACGCUCCCCACAUAAUCUACAUCAACGAAACAAAUGACUCCGAAGAAGAUUCCUUACUCCAUUCAACUUCCCCAACGAUUCCUAAACAAGUCAAAGUUCAAACGCCUACCGUGACCCCCAUAGCCCCAUUACCCCAAAUCCCUAGUUUUGGCACGCUCCAGCCAGUGCAGUUCAUCCAUUUGCAACCCAAUACUACCAUUCCCAACCCCAAAAAAGACGACGAUGAAGAAUCAGCUACCAGUAAAUUGACGAAGGUGUUGGAGCAAUUGGUGAAGACUCAAGAGGAUGACAAAAACGACGACCCUAUGGGGAAUAAGAAGUUUUUGAUGUCGUUGGUACCGUUUUUGAGAAAGUUGCCAGAUGACGUGAAUUUAGAGGUUCGGUUGCAGAUUAUGGGAGUGAUACAGAGUUACGGGGCGAAGGAGUUGUUUUAGGUUUGUUUGUGAACUUCGUUGUUUGAUUUAGAAUUUGUUUUUGAUUGAAAACUAAAUGUGAUUUACUUGAUGUUUUUGAUAAUAAUAUUUUUGUAUGCUGUAUUUUUAUUGUAAAGUAAUUGUAGCAGGUAAGGUUAUGUUAUAAG